AUGGAAAUAUCCCACCACCUUCACCCCUACACCCUCCCCCUCCCCACCUUCACAGCCCACCACCCCGACUGCACAACCUUCAUCGUAGGCGCCUACAUCUUCACCCCUCCCCCUUCUCCCUCCCCCUCCACCACCCCCUCCUCAUCCCCCACCAACCCCCACCCCCAAAUCCAAACCCUCCUCCUCCUCCGCUCCCCAACAGACAGCUACCCCCUCCACUGGGAAACCCCCGGCGGGUCCAGCGACCCCACCGACACCACCCUCCUGGCCUCUCUAGCCCGAGAAGUGUAUGAAGAAACAGGGUUGACCGUCACCAAGGUCGUGGAGUUAGUGGCUGUGGAUGCGUGGAGUAGGAUGAAGGCUGGACGGGAGGUGAGGGCGAUGAAGUGGAGUUUUUUGGUGGAGGUGGGGGAUGCGUUGGAUGGGGAGGGAGAAAGGAGGAUCAAGUUGGCACCGGAGGAACAUUGUUGA